CAGAGAUCGUUUAAAAAAAUGUUUUUCGACACAAAUUAUAUUUUUUAUAUUAUGAAAAGAUUUAAUUCAUAAAUAGUUUAACUAUUAUUGUAAUUUUAUGAGACAAACAAAACAAAUAAAAUGAAUGCACGGACGUCUUUUCUUUCGUUAAACCACAUUACCCAUAAUGCAUCUCAUGAUUGGCCGUUUUUCCUUAGUCUCGCGGGCUUUGUUUUGAUAUGGCGGCAGUCUUCGAAAUGUCUUUCUGUUAUGUUGCUGUAACGCAAUCUUUCACUCCGAUUACACCGCUUUCCGCCUAUGUUACAGGGAGCCCUGCCUGAGACAGCGCGGUCAUCAUGUCAUCUCCAGCCGGGCUCCAGUACUCCCAGGCAGACUUCUUGGCCCGCUGGAUGCCAAGCAGCACCAGAGCCGGGGUGAUCCUCAGCCCCUGCCCGGACUUGGCUGGCUCCUUGCGGCACACCUCUGCCGUGGGGUCCCCAUCCCUGCUGCAGCCAGACGACUCCUUCGCUUCUGAUUUCGCACCUCUGCCUGCCUCCGCAGACAGCAGCUGCCUCGGUGUGGAUGGAUUUGCCCAGUCACCUGGAGGAGAGAGAGCUGGGACUAACAGGCCAGUGGCCGCUCAGUCCUCCGUGCCUCUAGUAAACUCAGAUGGAGAGUUGGACAGUUUGGAUGAGAUGGCAAGCAAGUCACAGGAUGUACCUUUAAUGAUAAAGCUCGAACAGUUGAGGAAAUGGCAGCAGCACAUGCAGGAGCAGCUAAAAGCCCAUCAGCUAGAGGAGCUGCUUCGCCUCCAGGAGGAGCAGCAGAGGCUCCUGGGAAUGAUGAAUGGAUCCCAGCACUGCGCAGAAGAUGACACAGAGAGUUCAGUGCUGGCAGCAGCAGAAUGGGAGGACAGUCCACUCCAGGGAGCCUGUCAUUACAGAGAGACCCUCCACAGCCCCACUAUAAACUGCCAUGGGUUCCCACAGAGCUCCACCUGCGGCCUCAGAGAGGAACAGGAGCGUUCACCUGCACAGAGUGAAGAGCAGCUACCAAAGGGUCAAGAUUAUCAGGAGGUGGACAAUGAGGAAGACGGGACGUGGAACUCCAGACAAGAUGAUCAGGAACAAAGUGUCGAUGCGAGCCAUUGUCACAAGCAUGAUGACACUUUAAUACCAAGUAAUAGUGCUGAUUUGAGUGGAGAAUACAGCGGAGAUGAAGUCUUCCAAGACAGGCCUAUAAAGCCGGGAAUCGGAGGUCAGAAGAAGACAUUUGAGGAAUUGUUGGAGGAGCAACUGAGGCUGGAGGAGCAGAGGCUGAAGUCUGCCCGGCAACACCAGAGCCAAGAUGGAGUUGGAGCUGUACAGGCCCCUCCAAAGAAAGCCUUUCUUAAGCGAGGCGAGGGCCUCUCAAGAUUCACCAACAAGCGCAAAGCCUCGCUACCAAAAAAGGAGGUGAAGAAGGACCCUAAACCACAAGUCCAGGCCAGAGUAAUGUCCCGCAGCAACUCGGAGCCUGCAGAUUUCAAGAAAGGUGGCACAAACUGUGUUCAGCGGCUUCCUGUCCAGCGUAAAACCACCACACUCAACAAGGAAAAUGUACUGAGAGGUCUCCGUUCACCACCUCAGGACACCAGGGGGGAGAGUAAAGUGGCACGGACGAAGGUUUUGGGCAGCCAUCAAAGACAGAACACAGAAGGACUAGAGUCGGUUCAACCUGAUCCAGAGGGUGGACAAACCAAACAACCAGUAAAGGAGCAGAAUAAUAGGAAAGUAGGUCUGUCAGCUCAGGCUGCAAGGAACCCUGCUCACAACAUGCAGCCAAAUCCUGUCACCAAGCAGGUGGGCGCGUUCAGAGGGCCAGAGAGGGCCGGAAACGAUGCUGCAAGAGAGAAAACUUGUGGUUCAAGAGUUGCAGAAAGAAGAACUAGGUCAGAAGGAGGAGUUCCACAGGAUUCGUUUGAGUUGUCGUUCCAGGAGAAGCUGCAGCGCUGGGAUUGUGACCAGCAGCUGGAAAACAUGGAGCUGGGAGAGUUUGAGCUGCUGGAGCAAGCAGCCGAGGAGCUGUCCUUCUCAUCCAACUCCUCAUUUGUCAUAAAGGUUCUUCAAAUGGACCAUCAGCAUAGGGGGCUCCAGCCACGACGGCUCUCCUCCACCCCCAUCAAGUCCCCACCCGGAGCUUCACGUCAGAGGUGCAGCAGUGUUGGCAGCAGUAGUAGUUUGUCAUGUCAAAGCAGCUCAAAGUCUCCAGAAGGUUCUGUGGUAAAGAUGAGAGACGUUUCACUCAGGAGUAAAGUGAGCAACGAGGACCAGCAGGAACAGGACAAACACAAUGACUCUGAUGUUUCAUCCUGCAGCAGCUCUGAGUUUGGAGACCAAGACUUGGCAGUCAAGCCAAAUUCGUUUCCUAUCACUCUUUGCUUUCCCGCGCAGCCUAACCCGCCGUACGACAAGCGGUCGUAUCAGGACGAGGACAGCUGCAGGGAGUCAGACAUGACGCAGGAGGAGAGUGACGGCGUCAUCAGCCACGCUGACGAGUCCACUCUGAUAGAGGACAAAGACGGGCAGCAGGGCAGAGUCCAGUUUGACGACGAUGACACGUGGAACGACCUCGAGGACACGGCAGUCCGUGACGGUCCAGUUGGUCCAGUUUCCAAGACAACGGCCUAUGGGAUCUCACCACCGGCGCAGACUAUGCUGAGGAAGGUGGCGGUCAGCAAAGUGGUGGAGGUGGAUCACAGCGUGGAUCCUCCUCCUCCUCCUGCCUCUCAGCUCAUGACAAGGCUGUUUCCCUCCCUGAAGCCCAAGACCCAGAAUGCACCUCUCCCUCCUCCUCCUGUUGCUGCACCUGUUGCUCCAGAGUCCAAAAGACCAGAGGAGGAGACAGGCCAGCAGUUCCAGUCUAGACAGCUGCGGGAGAGACUGGUGGAGCUGGAGAUCGAGAUCGAGAGAUUUAAAAAGGAGAAUGCCGCCCUCGCCAAACUCAGACAAGAGAAUGAGAAACAUCAGGACAAUCUGAGGAAAGAGCGUUUGGAGUUCGAGCAGAUGAAAGCCAGGGAGCUGGCAAAGUUCGAGGAGUACAAGAAAGAGGAGAACAGGAAGUUGCAGAAGGAGCGCAAACUGUUUGAGAAGCACGCGUCUGCCGCCAGAGCUAUCCCCGACAAAAAGGAGCGGGAGGAAAUCCAGGCGUUGAAGCAGCAGCUGAGCUCCCUGCAGGAGGAGCUGAAGGGGAGGGAGAGCCGCUGGGCCACCACAAACAGCCGGUUGCGGCAACAAAUCAACUCCCUCAACCAGGAGAAGAGUUCUCUCCAGGACGAGAUCCAUAUGCUGGAAAAGCUCCGCCUCAGUGCCUGGAGCAAAAACCCCAUCAAUGCAGAGAAGGCAAAAGAAUCAAAAGACUGCCCCAAAAUACCUGAGAACAGCACGUCAUCUGUGAGCAAAGGGGUGAAAUUUGCUAGUCCUCUCGACAGCAGCCCUCCACUGAGCAGCGCAGCUGCAGCCGCUAGACGGUACUCCAGGGAUGGCAGUCAGGGUGCUACAGCUGGAAUGAAGAGCAGCCUGAGGAGACCAUCAGGGGCAGGCUCCUCUUCGUCCUCCUCGUUGCCCAGCAGGAGGACAGAGGAGGGGUCAACAUCUGCCAGCAAGAGCCAAGAAAACCCACCAAACCAGGAACACACACACACCUGCUCUCCGGAAAGAGAUUCUCUGCCGAAAGAAGCAGAGUGCAGCGAGACAGCAGAGCCAGAGUCAACCCAGGAGGUCGUCACACACCCUGAUGGGAAGACAGAGAAGGUUUCAGCCGGCGGUGAUCGUCUUAUCGUUUUCCCAAACGGGACCAAGAAGGAGGUUUCUGCGGACGGACUGACGGUCAAAGUUACUUUUUUCAACGGAGACACCAAAGAGGUCACAGCUGACCAGAGAGUGAUCUAUUUCUACGCUGACGCGCAGACGACACACAUCACCUACCCAGAUGGGAUGGAGGUCCUGCACUUCCCCAACAACCAGACCGAAAAACACUUUCCAGACGGCCGCAAGGAAAUCACCUUCGCGGACCAGACAGUGAAGAACCUGUUUCCUAACGGGCGAGAGGAGAGCGUGCUGACAGACGGGACUAUCAUACAGGUCAACCCGGACGGCACCAAGGAGAUCCAUUUCAACACGGGCCAGAAGGAGAUCCACACAGCUGACUACAAAAGAAGGGAGUAUCCAGACGGCACUGUGAAGACGGUUUACACCGAUGGCCGGCAGGAAACGCGCUACCCCACCGGACGAAUCAGGAUCAAAGACAAAGAUGGGAAUGUUAUCCUGGACAACAGGGCGUAACAGGAAUGGCGUCUUUUCUACUUCAGCGCAGCCUUUUAAAUAUAACUUUAAUUAUUGUUUAUUUAUUUAUUUAUUUACCUCAAGGAUACACCAAACAUCGAUACACAAGGAACUCUGUUUGCAAUAAAACUCCACAUAGAAACUUUUCAUUGAUGAAAUCUUUCCAAGUUUGUGCCAAGAUUUUGGCUUGUGAACUACCACUAAACAUUGUAAAAAAUUCUCAACAAUAACUCGCAUUGUUUUGAUGUGGUGUGUGAGAGGUGUUUUUUGUUGUUUACAACUAUUUUAAAUUGUAAAAAUGUUAAAAAUACAUAUUUAUUUUCUUAGCUGUAUGUAUAUUUUUUUGUAAAAUAAAUUUGAUAAUUUUUGUUUUUAGUAUCAUGCUAUCAUUCGAUGUUCAUAUCGAUGUGUAACUCAACAUUAAUUAGGAGAUAAAGUGUUUAUCUAAGAAGAAAAC